AAGUGGAGGAUCGACGUGGACACGAAGACGGGCGACCAUUCAUUGAGCUACACCCACCCGGACGUGAUGUACAUUCUGUUCAACGCCUGGUGCCCCGACGACAGUGUGUUCCUGUCGGACGAGAGCGCCCGGGCCGAGUACGUCCUCAACGACGCCGGACUGCUGUACCGCGGCAGCCACAGCCGACUGCGCCCCACGCCCUGGAACUACGGCCAGUACGAGCCCAGUGUGCUCGACUGCUGCCUGCAUGUUGUCGGCAAGGCGAUCUGCAGCCGCCUGUCGGAUCGGGCCGAUCCGGUGGCCGUGACCCGAGCCAUCUCCGCCAUGGUGAACCACUGCGACGAGAACGGCGUGCUGGUGGGCAACUGGAGCGGUGACUACGGCGGCGGCUCGCCGCCCAAGUGGCAGGGCUCGGUCAAAAUCCUCCAGAGGUACUACGACACUGGGAAGCCUGUCAAGUUCGGCCAGUGCUGGGUGUUUGCUGGCGUGUCGACCACAGGUCAGUACUUCGAGCGGCAAAAGCUGCCCCAGAGUGCGUCGAGGCAGGACAGAAGCAGCGCUCUCAACUGCUACAGUGAGUCCCGCCGCUUUGAGUAG